AUGAAUCGUAGUGAGGGUUUUGUUAAAAGAAGAAAUGUAACUAGGGAUAAUAGUGAGGGUGUAAACAAAGAAGAACAAAAUAAUGAGAAAAAGAACAGCCGUGACGAAGAUGUCGACGAUGGAGACUCUAAAGAAACGAGGCUGACAUUGAUGGAAGAAGUAUUAUUGCUGGGUCUUAAAGAUAAAGAAGGUUACACAUCAUUUUGGAAUGAUUGCAUUUCCAGUGGUUUGCGAGGAUGUAUCUUAAUAGAAUUAGGUCUUAGAGGGCGCGUAGAGUUGGAGAAAGUUGGCAUGAGAAGAAAGAACCUUUUGGCGAAGAAGCUUAUUGUUAAAAAUGAUACACCUAUUGGGGACGUCCUCCUCGAUGAAGCAUUGAAGCAUCUUAAAGAAACUGAUCCACCAGAAUCUGUUCAAAGCUGGAUUGAGUAUUUAAGUGGUGAGACAUGGAAUCCAUUGAAGUUGAGAUAUCAAUUAAAAAAUGUUCGAGAACGUUUGGCUAAAAAUUUAGUUGAAAAAGGUGUCCUUACAACAGAGAAACAGAAUUUUUUAUUUUUUGAUAUGACUACUCAUCCUUUAACUGAUAAUGUCACUAAGAGCCGAUUAAUCAAGAAGAUUCAAGAUGCAGUUCUUUCCAAAUGGGUAAACAAUCCUCAACAAAUGGAUAAACGAAUGUUAGCGUUAAUUUUUCUUGCACAUGCAAGCGAUGUACUCGAGAAUGCUUUUGCACCUUUAAAUGAUGAUGACUACGAACUAGCGACUAAACGAGUAAGAAAACUUUUGGAUCUAAACUUCGAAGAAGAGUCCAGCAAACCAAAUACAUCUGAUGUGCUGUGGGCUGUAUUUGCUGCUUUUACAAAAUAA